AUGAACUCUACCAUCCAUCAACAACAAUACCAAUCUACCUUGUCAGCCUACAAUGAAGGCAUGCCUUUCUUGCAAGACGACGAUGCCUAUUAUCAACGCGACAUUCAACAAGAUGAUCAAGAAGACUUGAACAAUAAAAAGUUCCAACAAGGUGAUGAUUUCAGACCCACUUUCUACAACCCAUUCGAGAUCAAGCACCGUAGAAGAACUUCUCGCGCUCAAUUCAAGGUUCUUGAAAAGACCUUCCUCGAGAAUCCAAAGCCUAAUGCUGCUGUUCGUAGAUGGUUAGCUCAAAAGCUUGUUAUGACACCUCGUGGAGUACAAGUCUGGUUCCAGAAUCGUAGAGCUAAAGAGAAAUCUGUCAAUGCCAAGUCAACUGAAUCAGCCAAGAGCACCAGCACAACAGCUACAACAACAGUACCUCAGGCCACAUCAUCGUCAUCAUCUUUCUCUUCAUUAUCACCCUCCUCAUCUGUAACAUCUUCACCUACUUCCGCCAUCAUGACAUUCUCUACCCAUCAGCCGGACAUGUACAGUUCAGAACCUCUUAUCAAGGAUAACAGCCAAUACAGUGGUAUCUAUGAGAACACUUGUAUUCCAAGCCCUCCAUUAAAUCCCUCUGCCUGUGCUUGCGCUGAUUGCUCAAAUGUAUUUGCCACUCCCAUGAGUCGUGCCAUGUCCUACCCUCCUUUCUAUAGCGAUGCAUCCUGUUCUGCUGCAGAUGAAGAAGAAUUGCUCAUGACGCCUGUUACACCAUUUGUUGAUAGUCAACAACAACAGUAUAUGUUUGAUCCCGUCUUUAUGAACAACCGUAAAUCCUAUCAACAUCAGCAACAACAACAACAGCAACAACAACAACAACAACAACAAGAUUGGUUGACAUCGUCUAAUUUUUUGGCGCAAGAUACUAACUACUAUUCAUCACCUAAUCCCAUGGCAACCAAUGAUAUUGCUGUGGCUGCUGCUACUGCUGCCAUGCGACGCAUGUAUGACGAUAACAAUUCCAUGAUGUUUGACAAUCGCAGAUAUUCACUUCCAGUCAAUGCAUCUCAGGACAGAUAUAUUCAAUCGACCGAGCUGUUCCGUCGUCUUUCUGAACCCAUCUUCAAUACUGAAUUGAACUUGAAUGAUCAAUUUGAUUUAUUACCAUCAACUGUGUUGUAA